UGGCCUUGGGCAGCAGCUCCUGGAGGGGGUUUCUCCUGGAUUAGGGGGGUUUCUCCAUCCUCACCCUCACCAUGAGGAUCCUCCUGGUGCUCGUCGCCCUCGCGGGAGCCGCCGGCGCCCAGCGGCAAUUCCAGGGGGACCAGGUUCUCCGGAUCAUGGCCAGGGACGCGGAGCAGGCGGCCCUGCUGAAGACGCUGGAAGAGCAGGAUGAGCUCCAGGUGGAAUUCUGGCGUCACCCCUUCGGCCCCGGCCACCCCGCCGACCUGAGGGUGCCCUUCCCCAGCCUCGGGGCAGUGAAAGGCUUCCUGGAAUCCCACAGUUUUCCCUACACCGUCAUGAUCGAGGACGUGCAGGAGUUACUGGAUGAGGAGAAGGAGGCCAUGGCGAGGUCCAGGAGGGUAAAGAGAAGCUCCAGGGCGUUCGAUUUCGGCUCCUACCACACCCUGGACGAGAUCUACUCCUGGAUGGACACCCUGGUGGAGGAUCAUCCUGGGCUUGUCAGCAAGAUCCAGAUCGGGCAGAGCUACGAGGGCAGACCCCUGUUGGUGCUCAAGUUCAGCACCGGGGGCUCGGCCCGGCCGGCCAUCUGGGUGGACACCGGCAUCCACUCCCGGGAAUGGAUCAGCCAGGCCACCGGCGUCUGGACGGCCAACAAGAUCGCCGAGGAGUACGGGCGGGACCCCUCCGUCACGGCCCUCCUGGACAACAUGGACAUCUUCCUGGAGAUCAUCGCCAACCCCGACGGCUUUGUCUUCACCCACAGCUCCGACCGCCUGUGGCGCAAGACCAGGUCCCCCAACGCCGGGUCCCACUGCCUCGGCGUCGACCCCAACAGGAACUGGGACGCGGGAUUCGGAGGUGCCGGCUCCAGCGGCGAUCCCUGCUCCGACAUCUACCACGGCCCCUUCCCGCACUCGGAGAGGGAGGUCAAGGCCAUCGUGGACUUCAUCCGUGACCAUGGGAACAUGAAGUCCGUCAUCUCCAUCCACAGCUACUCCCAGAUGCUGCUUUUCCCCUACGGAUACACUUCGGUGCCCUCGCCCGACUACCAGGAAAUGGUGAGAUGGCCCCAAAACGCCGGGAGAUGGCCCAAGGGCUUGUUCCCACCAGUUCUGGGCUCUUGAUCCCACUGUCCCAAGGUCUCAGUCUGCCACAUCCCACCAAUCUCAGUCCUGCAGUCCCAAGGUCCGGGUCCAGAAGAUCCCACC